GUAGCAGUCCCCCAUCCACAACCAAAACACAGAAACGAUGUCUUCACAAUUACUUCCCCUGGAACUCAUUGACCGAUGCGUGGGCUCGCCCAUCUGGGUCAUCAUGAAAGGCGACAAAGAGUUCAGUGGCACGCUAAUGGGAUUCGAUGACUUCGUCAACAUGGUGCUCGAGGAUGUGACAGAGUACGACUACACCGGUGCGCACACGAAGCUCAAGAAGAUCUUACUCAACGGAAACAAUGUGGCGAUGCUUAUUCCAGGAGGAAUGCCAGACCAGAACUGAGAACCCAACCCCCUCACUACCGCUGCUGCUGCGCUCACGUCUUGUCGGCCAGGACUGCUCGGUUGGGCAAAAUCACCUUGAAAGUUUUUUUCUCACGACCAUCAACAAGGUACCUGAUUGUCAAUAAUAUGGUGAUGGGAUGGGAUGGGGGGAGGGGACGGGACAGUCCAACGUCAGCCUGGGCCUUGGCUCGCAGCCCUUCUUAUAUACACGUAAGAAGACUCUGAGCCACCACGACCACUCAAAUAGCAACGUGAGCAUGCUACGGAGAGCACCACAAGCCGAAAAUGGAAAAGAAAAAAAAAAAUCAUGAGUCCGUGUACCUGAGAAAUCAUCCCCCGAGAAAAACGACUGCAUGCAUGCAUGACAUUCCGCCUGCCUUUUGGUUGCGCCACAUGCGAGGAUGUAUGCGCUAGCUAGGAGGUACAGUAG